CAAAUCCAGUAGUGGUCACGCCACGUGACGUAAAAUCAGGUGACCGUGUGUGGCGAGGCUCACCGACCUGUGACGCCUCCUUCCUUAAAAAACCCUAGGGCAUUGGCCCACUGUGUAGCGAAGCUCUGAAAAUGGAACCUGAAUCCAAGAAAAGAAGAAUCGGCCAUGCAAUCUCUCGCAGAAUGGUCUCCUCGCCAGCUGCAAAGAACGAUGUAGUUUCAACUUCAACUGAUAUUCCAACUGUUCCACUUCCAGCAGCCCAUCCUGGUGGAAUCCAUUUCAGGAUUGAACAAGCUAGGAGACAUGCAGUAGCACAAGCUCAACAAGAGGGUUGCACUGCCAAUUUCAAAAUCUUUGAUUCGCGAUUUGGAAAUUUUCUACUGCCUGUAAUUCCAACUCAUGCAGAACUAAAUGGAUAGACUCAUGCCUCUACAGAUACUAGAUACUACAACGAUGUACUUAAGAUAUUGUAUGCCCUAAUCUAAGAUUCUGAAUGAAGGUUUUGAGUUGAAUGCCAACCUAAUGUAACUUGCCUCUUUUCUACAGGUUUGGACCAACUCUUCAACAGCAGUUCUCCAAGGUCCAAGCAUAGAAUUCCAGACGUGACAGAAACAGAGUUGCUAGUUGGUUUCUGUAAGUUGGAUGCUCUGUGAAAUGCUUGAUUUUCUUUGGUUUUGGGUUAAGCAGCAGUGCUAGAGGAGUGCCUCUAAUGAACCCGUAGUCAUACUGUUCAAGAUAAUGGGAUCUGGGAAAAGGGAAAUGAUAAGUUUCCCAAACUGCUCAUCCAUCAAAGAAUCAAACAUUAAUAAUAGAUAUGGUAUAACAAAUGUGGUGUAAAGGCUAGAGCUAAGCCUGGAACACUAAUUUUUCUUCA